CCAUAAAUACAAACACGCGCAAAUUGGUACAAAACAAUCAUCGUCUAAACAAAGAUACAAAUAUUAACACCACGCAUCAAAAUCUCAUGGGGGAUUACAACGAUUCGUUCAUGCGUAACGGCGCCAACGUGCAGGGCCGCGUUAAGAAUCAGAAUCAGAAUCGUGCUGAUGUUUUGGAGGCGAAAGCGCUUGCCUCAGGUCAUCCAACUGGUUUGACAAAUAACCUUUUAAGGCUAUUUGAGCCAAGGCCCCCACUUGAGUACAAACCACCGUUGCAGAAGAACAAAUGCCCGCCAUAUACAGGAAUGGCGCAGUAUGUUAAAGAUUUUGCUGAGCCGAGUCAACCAGAUUAUGCCAAGCCAUUGGAGAAGAGUGAAACUCCUGCACAAAGGAGGGCAAGGGUCCACCAGAUAAGGCUGGUAGCAGGUGCAAAAAAGGCUGCCGAGGAGCUUGAAAAAUAUGAUCCAAGUAAUGAUCCAAAUGUUUCUGGAGAUCCAUACAAGACACUAUUUGUGGCUAGGCUGAACUACGAGACAACUGAAAGCAGAAUCAAAAGGGAGUUUGAGGCUUAUGGUCCAAUUAAACAGGUUCGCUUGGUUGCAGAUAAAGAGACAAACAAACCAAGAGGCUAUGCUUUUGUAGAAUAUAGGCAUACAAGAGAUAUGAAAGCUGCUUAUAAGCAAGCUGAUGGAAGGAAGCUUGAUAAUCGAAGGGUUCUAGUUGACGUUGAGCGUGGCAGAACAGUUCCAAAUUGGCGACCUCGUAGGCUUGGUGGUGGGCUUGGCACAACUAGGGUUGGAGGUGAAGAUGUUAAUCAGAUGUACUCUGCAAGAGCUCAACAUCGAUCAGCUGGACCACCUCGAUCUGAGGAGCCAAGAGUUCGAGAUGACCGCAAAAGGGACAGGGAGAAGUCUCGUGAAAGAGGUAAGGAUAGAGUAAGGGAACAUGAUAGGCAUAGGGAACGUGAUCAUAGGGAUGAUAGACACCAUAGAGAUCGUGGAAGGACCAGAGAAAGAGACAUCGGUCGAGAUCGGACUAGAGACCGAGACCGUGGUAGAGAACGUGAAGAUCGUGAUCGUGGUCGUGACCGUUAUCGCGAGGAGAGGGAUAGGGGUCGGGAUAAUGAAUUGACAGAGGAUCGUGGUCUCUCCCAUGACAAAAAUUAUGAUCACGACCGUGUUGAGGUUCUGUCUGUGGACUUGCAGCGGGGGGGAUGGUAAUUUCUGGUUAUAUACAUUAUAAAAGUAAGGUGGAACUGUUUUGGUGAUUGUUUCAGGUUGAAUCAUUACUCUUUUUACCUUGGUCUUGUUUUAUGUUAUAUUGUGUUUGUGUUGGAACCCAAGCUUUGGUGAUGAGAACCAUAAUGCAAAUUGCUAUUUUUUUUAAUAGUAUAUGAUAUUCAGACUC